AUGAUUUCUAGAGCGGUGCGAGUGCCGCGUAUUCGCCUGGCAUGCAGGUUUGGCUUAAUAACACAACGAAGCACUGGACUGGGCUUCCGACCAAGUCCAGUCCAUGAAGGUCUUGCACGACGAUUAUAUACUUCCGACCUUGGAAAUGCUGGGGAUAACAAGGUUGAGCCUUUCAUAACGAAUACGGACGCUUCGAAAACAACGCCGAAAGAAGAGCAAUUGGACGACGAGUCAAAAGUUUCGCCUACGGGGUCAGAAGACGCAACAACGGCUCCGAAUCUUCCCUCCACCGCCAACGUCGACUCUAAGCCAACCAGUAGCUCCGAGGAACCUCAAUCAGACGAUGACCCGAUCUCCAAGGACACGAAGGCAUCCCCUGGCGACGAGACAUUCCCAGAAAAGCUGAUUGACGAUGCACUGAACGAAUCCCCAUUGAAACCGCAAUCGUCAAGAUACGUUUUACCUGACCUGUCCGACCUCCCCAAAUCGUCGUCAGGAUGUUCACCUAGCCCCGAACAGUAUGCGCUGGACGAGCUCUUGGGCAAAUCGCAGAAGUCAGAGAUCGAGACAUUUGCACUGCCUGAACUGGAAGCCCAAUAUGUUGUUGAUGAGCUCAUGCCUUUGCCAAAGAGACGCCUCCACGAUCGUCUGAUGCACGAUGAAUCCCUCGGAGUAUCUACUCUGGGAAUGCCAGCUGAUGCCAUCAUCAUCAACAAUCCGAACAUGACACGUAUCGAGCGGCCAGCCCCCACCGUGGUGGAAGCGAAACCUAUAGAAACCCCAGAUCUUGACUGGCAAAAUUUGACUCCUUCCGGAAUGACAGAGCCUGAAUAUGAAGAGAUUUUCAAGAACAUCGACGAGAUUUGCCCUGUGAGUCGUAUUUUGCGUCAAACUGAUAUCGAUAAGCUCGUCAGCACUCUUUGCGACGGUUUUACACUCACCCAGCUGCGGGAGUAUCACAGUGCUCGCAAGCCAGAGCCCAGGGAUCAUGACGUGGUCAAAUACGAGUGGAUAGAAGAUAUUGUACCGUGGACAUCAAUGAACUCGGUUCGACUGCGUGGCAAUGAUAAGGCUACUCUUGCUCAGAAGAUCGUGCUGGAUAAAUGGAUGAUCGAGGUCCAGGAACAUGCGGACGAUCUUGGAAAAGCGUUUGUUUGGAUGGACCCUGAUAUCUUCCCCUUUCUCACAUAUGGUCCCAACAAUGUAGGGCGUCUACUCUGGGAGCUAAGGAGGGAUUUCGUAAUCGCCGAAGACGAGAAGUUAACAUUGCAUACUCCAAAAUGCCGCCUCAAUAUUACAGCGAAGAAGUCAACUACUUACGGUAUCCUUGCUCAUAUCGACCAGGCCGUGCAGAGGAUGAAGAGCCGGGUUAUCGACGUUGCCCCCCUUCUUCCGAAGACUCGAUCAUCAGCUCUGACGCAGGCAGAGCGCAAGGAGCUCGGCCGACUUACCAAGACUUCAAUCACGCCUGUAAGGCAUGGCUCUGAGGAGAAGUUGCGCGUCUCCUGGAUGCCCGAGCCUGACGAACCUCCAACCGAGACAGAAGACCUUGCAGACACAGUAUUCCGCUUAAUCGUUGGCCGUGUCGCCCCAGGUGCCGACCACGGUGUCCUCCAGUGUCUUCCGCGAUCCGACGACCCAGACCUAGUCACUGGCCAGCCCAUCCCGGUACAACGCCAGGCUCGGGCUAUGUCGUGGAGAGACAAGCUCCAGAAGUGGCUGAGAAUUGUCGCACCCAUCAGCAAGGAUACUCCAAACACCCCACCGCUAGGGCUGCCCUCGAAAUCAGCGAUUCCCGAAGGGAAAUGUCCUCCCGGUAGAAAUGUAGACGCUACUACAGCAAAAUUUGGCCAUAUCCUACACCAACGCGCUAGCACUUCGAUCAAGGAACUCUACCGCAAACGUCGCAUCCUAGCUCCCCUUACACCUCAUCCCGCUGCUUUCUCCGCUCUCAAACCUGACAACGACUUGCCCCUGAAGGAGACUACUUCCAUCGUUAUGCACCUUUCGCCUCAUGUCGAUACUUUAAAGAGUCCAGUAACGGAUUCUAACGAGAAGAAACGUCCAGAUCCUGCUGUCUAUAUUACCAUUCCCGUUCACCCUCAGGCCGAUCUCGACAAUUUCACAAUCCCGGGCGACGCGACCGUCCACAUGUAUGUGUCGUGGCACAACAGUGACGUGCUGCUUCCUACAGAGGCCGUAGAUGUCCGCCUUGAGCACAAGCGCUCCUAUGCUCUCUCAAUAACCCACCCAGGUAUAAAGAAAUUCUUUGAGAAAUCGCAGCUCAACCUUCGUGAGGGUCAACUGAGAACACCGAGCCAAGCCAAGCUCAUGGUUCCGGGAAAUUGGUUGCGAGGAAGUGGCAGCGGCAGGAUGAACACCGCGAAAAGAGACGUUCUUUACGACUUCCGUGGAACCGAGAUCCAUCAGACCGUGGAAAUGCCUUGGAAUGGCCACACACUGCGCUACUCUAGCAUCGAGGCUGGACAACAUGGCGGCCAACGCCAGGAGAUUACAGUCCAAGCUGGUUUACCAGGCGAGAACCCAGUUGCUUUCAAGGGUAAGAGACGUGAAAGCUUUUUACAACUGGUCGAGGACGUGGCCACUGGAAAAUACUUCUCCUGGUCUGAAGGCUACAAAUCCAUCAAGAGCCGCCAGCUAGAAGACUUCAGUUACAAUCUGCUUGAAGAGGAUCUCCCUGAGGACGUCAUUGUCGACAACGAAAAGUUUGAUGCGAACGGUCGCGUGAAUCGAUACAGACCAGGUACCAGCGGAGACAGUGACAAGCCUGACCCGCGUGGCCGCUUUAAUCAACAUAGGCCAGCCACCGAGAUGAGCAAUGACAGGUAUGAUUCGCGAGAUCGUGUCGGUGAGCGUGAGUCAGCCACGAAUAGGAAUGAUGAUGAACUUGAAAUCCGUGGCCGCGUGAAUAAACGCACGCCUGGCCCAAAGCCAGAGAAAGGAACUCCAGUUGAAAUGUUUGACGACAUAGACGCAUUGCUUGCGAUGGAGGGCCCGACUUCUGAGCUCAACCCUGAGACGACACCCAAGUCUGACAAGCAACAGCUUGACUGGACCGAAUUUGAGAAGAAACCUAAGUCCGAAACAGACGCGGGAGAGGAGCUCAUGAGUUUCCUCAAUCGGUAUGCCAGACCUAAGGCCUUUUUGAGCAAAGACAACGAGACGCUCUACGGCAUCGACGCUGCCUACCAACACAACAAGUCAAUGACGAGCGUUAGCGUUCCUGAGGAUGUCCUUCCGAUCGGUAACUCGCCAGAAUUGCCAGAAGACACGGCUAUACCACCAACCCCUCAGAAGGAAAAGGUUACAACUGAAAAGGAGGAGACUAGCAAAACGGUCCAGAGUGAGAAGUCCGCAACCCGGGAGCCGACACCCAAGCCGACACCCAAGCCAACGCUCAAGCCAGCACUUAAGCCAGCACCCAAGCCCAAAGCAACGCCAGAGCAAUCAGCAACUACCGAGAAAGCCAAGGAAAAGCCCUACAGAUACACCGCAAAACCCGCCAAAAUGUCAGAUGCCGAUGCAUUUGCGGCUCAGUUCGCCAGGCGAAUGACUUCAGAAAACAGGGCGAAGGACCGAAAUAGUGUCAUUGGGUUCUUCGACACCCUUCCAGAGGAGAAGAAGCCUGCUAGAAAGAAGUCCGCUCAGAAGAAGAAACAAUCUGCUUCAAAGAAAAAUCAACCGGCAUCGAAAAACAAAAAGGCUUGA